CGCCGUCCCCAAACAGAUAAAGAGAUCCGAGCCCAACAAGCUCACAGUGAGUAGAGAUUCUCCUAGCGAAAGCUUAGAUAUAUCUUUCGACGCGAAUUUCGCACGAUUUCGAUGCGACGAGACGAAUCUAGCGAGAGCCAAUUCGCCAUUGUUGAUGCUCUUUGCGUGAGUCGUCGAAAAAGCGGAGAAAAUCGGUGAUCGAGCGGGACAGGUGGCACCUUUGGCUUGAAAAUUGGUCCGUUGUCCCUUUCUGCUUUGGGGUUCGCCUGGGAGAUGUUGAAGCUCACAAGAAGGGCCUUCGUGAUCGCCAUUGUUGAUCUUUUUCGAGUGCAUUGAGCUUCUUUGAGCAAAGAACUGGGCUUUGAAGCAUGGAUUUUGGGUUUCUGCUAUUCCUCUUUAUAUGCACUCUUCCUAGAAUUUCGGCUCAAGUGUUUCCGGAGGCAACAGUGAUAGUUAAAGGUUCUUCUAGGACAGCUGAAACCGAUGAUAAUUUUGUCUGUGCCACUAUCGACUGGUGGCCUCCAGAGAAGUGUAACUACGAUCAGUGCCCGUGGGGUCAAUCUUCUAUCCUGAAUUUGGACAUAAACCAUCCUUUUCUAGCUAAAGCUAUCCAAGCAUUCAACCAUUUGAGGAUUAGGCUUGGAGGGUCUUUGCAAGACCAAGUUGUAUAUGGAGUGGAUAAUGUAGAUCCGUGCCUACCUUUUAUGACAGUGUCAAAUGGUUUGUUUGGGUUUUCUAAUGGCUGUCUAAGCAUGGAGAGGUGGGGCAAGCUCAACGAUUUAUUUCAGAGAACAGGAGCCAUUGUUACAUUUGGUUUGAAUGCACUCUCCGGGAGGUCUCAUAUACGUCGUACUAUUUGGGGAGGUGCUUGGAACUCUACUAAUGCUCGUGACUUCAUACAAUACACUAUAUCUAAGGGAUAUGCAGUUGAUUCAUGGGAGUUUGGAAACGAGUUGAGUGGGCAUGGUAUAGGCGCAAGUGUUGAUGCUAAUCUCUAUGGAAAGGACUUAAUUGGGCUUAAAUCAAUUCUUGAUGACUUGUGUAAGAAGUCCAACUCCCAGCCUUUACUAUUAGCCCCUGGAGGCUUUUUCGAUCAGCAGUGGUAUGCUCGGCUCCUUCAGGUUUCAGGCAGGGGCGUUAUCAGUGCUUUGACUCAUCAUAUUUAUAACUUAGGUCGAGGUGAUGAUAUGCAUCUUCUGAGGAAGAUCUUAGAUCCAAAGUACUUGGAUCGGGUAUCAGACAAAUAUAGAGAUCUCCAGCUAACCAUUCAAAGACAUGGCCCAUGGGCUUCAGCCUGGGUUAGCGAAGGUGGUGGGGUCUUCAACAAUGGUGGUCAUCUAAUAUCUAAUACAUUCAUAAACAGCAUAUGGUACUUAGAUCAGCUCGGAAUGGCAGCUAAAUACAACACCAAGGUUUUUUGUCGACAGACUCUCAUAGGUGGCAACUAUGGUCUCCUCGACACAGAAACAUUCAUCCCAAAUCCUGAUUACUACAGCGCACUAUUAUGGCAUCGACUUAUGGGGAAUGCUGUUCUUUCAGUUGAUAUUAAUGCAUCAUCUUUUUUACGUGCCUAUGCUCAUUGCAGAAAACAAAAGCAAGGAAUUUCCCUUCUGUUGAUCAACCUCAGCAACACUACACAAUUCACGAUCACCAUUCAGAAUGACAUGAACAUCGAUCUUGAUGAGAAAAUCAGCAUCAAGAAAACAAAGUCCUUUGUUCGUGUCAUUAAAAGAACAGUUUCAUGGAUCGGAAAGAAAGCAUCAUAUGACGCUGAAAUGAGAGAGGAAUAUCAUCUAAUGGCGAAGGAUGGAUAUCAUCAAAGCAAAACCAUGCUGCUCAACGGCACUCCCUUGGAGAUCGCCGAAGAUGGAGGUAUUCCACCUUUAAAUCCUUCAUUAGUUGCAGUUAAUUCACCCCUAUCUGUUGCUCCUAUGUCUAUUGUAUUUGUAGUCUUGCCAAAAUUCGAGGCUAGAGCUUGUGCAUGAGUGUUCCUUGAAAAUUUUCUUUUUCUCAUAUUUAACCAGUACCAACCAAUACCAAGCCUUGUGUUGUCUGUACCCUUACUACUGUAAAUUUUAUAAAUUCUUUGACAGUUUAAAUGUUAGUAUAAAGCUGUUUGUUUCGUUACA